AUGCUUGCCGAAAAACUGCAGAUGUUGCAAGACUACGUCAUGUUUAUUCACGGCAAGAUGUCUAGCGACAUAACUCUCGUCAAAGUCUUGGCGAUAGCCUUCAGUGGUGAGAACAAAUUGGCGUCAUUCAUAGCAAAGGCCAAGCUGAAUAGCGACGCGAAGAGUGCAGCUGAGAUCCUGGAGAAAUUGCUGAUUGGCAAGUGGUUGCACAAGGACAUGCAGCCCGAAUUACUGCUGGAGCUGCUUGAGAUGGACGCAAGUCUGGAAGCCCUGAUCAACCCAAUGCUGGACACGGUCAUGAAAUACAUCGCUGUAUUUAACUUGAAGCAUGGGGGAUCUAACUUUUUAGUGCUUCCUCGGUUUAAAAAGCGCGACAGCAUCGAAGCUGUGGCGAAAAUGCUUGUUCCCUUAAGUCAGGCUGCUUCCGACGAAAGUUUAAAUGGAGAUCGUAUCAGAGUGUUGCAGAGCCAGCUGCUGCAGAACUGGCUGGACGAUGGGAACCCAAUCGGUGAUUUUUUUGAGCUAUUGCUAAAUAGUGACAAGCAAGCCGCAGAACGUGCUGCUGCAGUAAAACUUUUGGACGUACUACUCGACUAUUCUUGA